AAGCGGCGUCUCAGGUAAUGCCCAAGGUGAAGGCGGGAGCGGGAGAGAGCGCGCCAACUCUACCUUCAACCGCCCGGACUAGCGGCUGAAAAAGGGCGGGGCCGCGGUGCGCUCACUGAUUGGCUUUUGUAACCCAGGAUGUGUGCGAUUGGCGGAACGACUAUGGGACAUCACAGGGCGCCAGAAUAGAAGCUGCAGUGGGUUGUGGAAUCCUGUAAAGUUUGCUAUGAGAUCUGGGAAGGGAAAGUCUGUUUUUUUUACGCGCGCUGUGUAGGACAGGACAGUGCACUGGAAAACUGCUGCUUGAUUAGACCACUUGGGUCUGAUUGCUUGCGACUUCACUUGAAAUUUAACGUCCAUGGGUGAGAUGGAGGUAACGAGCUGUUUAACACUAAAAGAUCUGAUCAGCACGAAAAAAAACAAAUCAGAUCCAGUGGCAGAUGGAAGAAGUGCCCAAAAAGAGAAUAUGUUUGAUCGGUUCAAGAUCAGCCCAAGGUUGCCAUUAAGAAGUGAGCCAAUUGAUUUAUCAAAGCAAAAGAGUUUUACCCCAGAAAGAAUUCCAGUCACGCCUGUGAAAGUGGCUGAGAGGCCUCAAGCUGAUCCUUGGACCCCCACAGCCAAUCUGAAGAUGCUAAUAAGUGCUGCAAGCCCAGAAAUCAGGGACAGAGAAAAGAAAAAAGAGCUCUUCCGUCCCAUUGAAAAUAAUGGGAUAGAAGAAACAGACACUGAUUUACAACUGAUGGAUAGUGUUGAUGAUAUUGAUGAUUUAGAAAAAAGGCCUAGUAGAAAGCAAAAAAGUUUAGGGCUCUUAUGCCAAAAGUUUUUGGCCCGCUAUCCCAGCUACCCCAUUUCAACUGAGAAAAUGACUAUUUCCUUGGAUGAAGCAGCUUCUAGCCUUGGGGUGGAACGAAGACGUAUCUAUGACAUUGUCAAUGUACUGGAAUCUUUGCAUCUAGUCAGCCGUGUGGCAAAAAACCAAUACUGUUGGCAUGGACAACAUAACUUGAAUGAGACACUAAGAAACUUACAACACAUAGGAGAAAAACAAAAUUACAGAGCACAAAUAGCUUGCUUUAACUUAAGAGACAUGGGUAUGGAAUACAAGUGUGAUGAACAGGAAAAAGGCUGUCACAUAGACCAUCUGAAUACCCCUCUAAUAGAAUUGUCUGAAGCAGACUGCCCUUCAGUAUCAUCAAGCAGCCGCAAGGACAAGUCUCUGCGUAUCAUGAGUCAGAAGUUUGUCAUGCUGUUUCUUGUAUCUACGACUAAGAUAAUCACUCUGGAGAUUGCUGCCAAAAUCUUGAUCGAAGAGAGCCAGGAUGCUGCUGAUCAUAGCAAAUUUAAAACAAAAGUUCGAAGGCUUUAUGACAUUGCCAAUGUUCUGACUAGUCUGGGACUAAUAAAGAAGGUGCAUGUCACAGAUGAGAGAGGACGAAAACCUGCCUUUAAGUGGAUUGGUCCUGUUGACUUCACUGCGGAAGACCAGAAAAUGGAAGUAACAACAACUAUUCCAUCGCCAGAUUCUAAAAAAGAUGCUUGUAACCUGUCUCCAGCAUCAGAUCGUGUCAAACAGAGACUGUUUCGACACUCCUCUUUCAACAUAGUUCAGUCCUUCUCCGCUGUGAAGAGGAAAGUUUGCUCGCAUCCGUGCAGUCCCCAAAAACCUCAAGGUGUUGAAAGUAGUGACAGUUAUGCCUCAAAAAUGGCCCACCUAGCAACUAUAUGCAAACCGAAGGCUGAAGAAGAUUCAAAGCAAAUCAGCUCUACUUCAAGAAAUGGGAACAUAGAAAAUUCUUCGCUCCCUUUCUCGGUUGUUGUCCCCAUGCCAGUGGAUUCUGACUAUCGUGUGAAACCUGUAGUUCAUCAAGUUCCCCUUGUGUCUCACAAAACAGUCUGUGAACCAUUGGGCAUUAUGCCACCUUCCCAGUCCAAUGAAGACUGCACCAACCAUGGUUUUGUCCCUAACCAGCCAUACAUGUAUCUUCCCUCAAAUUCAGUCUUUAUGCUUUGUGGAAACCUAUCAGAAGGAAAAGCCACUGAUCACCUGGCAAUGAGUUUAUAUCCAGUCCCAGGCAGUGACUCUCCCACAUUAGAAGAAACCACUAUGUCUAAGCAAGAAAGGCCAACAAAACGGCAACUAAAUGACAAAGAUGAUGCACCUCUGUCUCUAGUCUUACCAAAGAAAUCAAGAGUGGACAAUACCCAGUCACUACAGAAACCUAUCUGUAAGACCACUACACCAGAGCAGUUGCAGCAUGUUUCCAGAGAAGAAGAGUAUAACACAGAACCAGUCACCAAGCACAGUAAUGUAGGAGAAACAACUGAAGAAGUCGGCAGCAGAAUUCUGCCUCACGAAAAUGUUCACCUACAUCCUGCUGUGCCACCACAGUUUCUCUACGUUCCCACAACACAAGGUCUGAAUAGCUUCAAUUUCCUACUUCCUGCAAAUCAUUCUGCGGGUCUUUCUCAAAGUCAGUUAGCAUCCCUUAACGUUCCCUAUGUGAUGGUACCAUCUUCAGCACUGACAGCAUUCCCUUUUAUUUGCUCUCCUGCUGUGUCUUCUGGUGCCAGUGGCUCCACUUUAAAUGGACGAAUGAAUUUCAGCCAAGCUGGCACAUCUUCACCCACUCGUCUUAUCAUUGGUGCUCCACAGAUGGCUGUUCCCCAGCCACCUGAGCCUGCUGUAGAUCAGACAAAGAAUUUGUCCCCACUGAGUGUGAGCCCUGUAUCUGCAAAGUGUGCCAGUUCUAAAGCAGACUCCCAUGACUCUUUGAGUCAGUCAAUUCACACUGCAAAAUUGCAUAAGUCACCAACACCUUCGACUCCAAAAAGCAUUCGUCCACUUCACAAAGAUGCCUUCUUCAAAACUCCAGGAAGUCUAGAUGUUUCAUCUUCCAGGAAACCACAAAGGACCCAAACCAGAACAUCCAGCUCAGCACAAAGGAAACUGGACAUAGACAGCAGCGCAGGCAACUAAAGGGGCUGGAACUGCACUACACCACCACUUGAACAAACCACGGUUUUGUGUAGGCUUACACAAAGAUACAUUGCUUGCUAGAAAUUCAUUUACUUGCCUUCAGUCACUGGUUAAAAUGAAUUGUGCUUUGGCAAAAGAACAAAAUAUAACCAGCACUUAAAAUACUUUUUUUGCUUUUACGGUAGUUUGUGGCUAUUUCAGUCCUUGUUUACAAGCCUGAUUGCUUGAUAAAAAGUGAGUUGGGACUUAAUGGCUGGUCAUCAUACAAUACCUUGAAUGUGGAUGUAUCAGUGGAGCCUGGAAACCAACUCCAAAGACUCACAAUAUAACCACACUUUUAGUGGUAACACAGGAAACGUACUUGAAUAUAAAAAUGUAUUAUCAUUUUUGCAUCCUCUUAUUUUAAUAGCAGUCCUCAUGAUCUGAGGCAUAUUUUAGUGUUAAAGAAUGUACCUUACAUGAACAUUAAGACCAAACUAACUGUGAAUCACAUUCUAUAUUUUUAUAGGAUAAGGUGUUUACAUGGUAUAUAAUUUAGCUGUUUGAUAAUAUUUCUAAUUUUAGUUUUGCCAUAUUUUAAUGGCUUAUUGUAAGUUGUAAAAUUGAGAAUGCUAUUCUAAAAUGUAGCGGUUCAUUGCGUCAUCCAAUUAUAAUGGGUUAUAUCCAUUUAAAUAUUGUAUGUAUGUAAGAACUAAAAUCCUAUUUGGCAUGGUUCUUCAUCUUUUGACUUAUGUAUGAGACUUACAUAAAAGAAAGACUAAGAUCUUGUGUUUCUGACCUGGGAUCCUAUUGGACAAAUGUGAUUUUGGAAAAUAAGAACCACUCGAUCUUUUUUCUUUUUAAAAAAGACACUACAGUAGCACUGUUGUUCACAUGCUGGUCUUUUUAUUUUGCUGGUUGUUUUAACCAAUAUGUAUGAAAAUUUCACAAAUGCAUUCCUUGUAAUAUUUAAGUUUUUAUCUUUCUGCUUGGGAAUUUUGAUGGAAAGCCUGUGUAAUAUGAAUAAGUUGUAUCCAGGCUUGAGUUAGCUUGAAAUGGCCUUGUUUUUAAUAGCAGAGAUACUGUCACUAGUAGGCAAUGUGUUUUUUUGCACUGGCAAUGCUGUAAUAAUUAUGCACUAGGAUUGUACAUGCUUAACCUGCUAAACCUCAGCAACAAGUGUUAACAGGACUUUCUUUAAAUACUUGAAUGUAUCUUCCAAGUUUACAUUCUCAACAGUCUACUUUAAAGGAAAUGGUGCUAUUUUCUGUAUUUUAUCCAAAGCUGUUUAGUAUAAUAUUGCACUGCUGGUAUAUACAUUUUGUUUUGUACUGCUGUUUAAGAGUUUUUAUGUGCAAAUUAUUCUCACCUUUUCCUAUGUACCCCUAGCUAAAUAAAGCCAAACACAAAAAAAAA